CCUGCAUCUUGGCCCACAUGACCCAGACCUUCUGGAUCUUCUGAAGCACCAGUACCUAGUACCUGGACAAAGCUAAAGUGAAUGCUUAAAAGACCUUUCGAUUUCCAACUUUUAACCCCACAUUUCUCCUACCAUUCUUCUUUGGCUGCAGCCACACAGCAUCGAACCAACCAACCAGGCUCUCCACUCUACACUAAUCAUUUUCCCAACUACCCAAGCAUCUGUAGUGCAACCUUCGUAUCAAGAUCCUUCAACCAAGCCACCAGUAGUUACCAACGGCCCGUGGAAAUCGAUCGUGGAAUGCAAAGUUGGUGAGCAUGCUUUUUGUUGCAUGUUGGUUGUCGCUAAGAAUAGCCGUUCGAUCGCUUAUUGGUCGAUGUAUUGAUCUCACCAAUCAGUCCUGCAGCAAAAUUUCAUCCCUUGCAGACUGAUUGUGUGGAGGGAAGGCCAAUGAGUAGAGUAGAGACGCAGGUGAGAGGCUGGAUGAGAAGAGGAGGAGAGGCACGGGAUGGGGAGAAGGAGACGGGAUGGUGUUGCUGUUGCUAUUGAUUUUGCUGGUACUGUUGGAGGGUAGAUGGAGAGGCGAGAAGUGAUGGAAUGGGAGAUGUGAAUGGAUGGAAGAGGUAGCCGGAGGAGAGGAAACUCCAUGGAGUGAAGGCAACGACUCUGAUUUUGAAACUGUGGCUGGAGGACUGGCUAGAUGGUUCAACUGUUUGUUUGCUUGCAUGUGGUCGCUUUAAGAAUGGCGAAGGUCUGCUCAACUGCCGUUAUUGAUUCUGCGGCUGCUUGAUCAACGAGAUAUCAGGAAAUUGAUCGUCGCAUACAGUGAUCAUGGCGUUAAGCUAUGCCAAAGUGACGCCACAGGGCUGGAUGGCGAGGAAGAAGCUUCCUCUCCCUGGAAGCGGAUUGAGGACCCAUCACGCAAACUAUUCCGAACAAGACAUCCGCCCUCGAAGCCGUGAGUACCCAUCACCAUCGAGAGGCCUCCCUCCCCCUUACUACAUAUCGUGCCAAAAACCGGCAACUAAACACGAAAUACUCGCCGGUGGUACCCUGGGUCUUACACACUGGGUCCCAUCUGUAUCGAUCCCCAACUCCCGCAACUACACAGAUACUGUCGUCCUCGGCUUCUGGGACAUCUGGGAGAAGAAGAGCGCUGACAUUCGGUUGGAACUCUCGACCUCCUCAUCCGCAGACAAAGGCACGGUUGCCAAAGCGUCAGCGUGGGCUGGCACAAGCGAGUACUCGAUCGGAGCGACGUAUUUGAAACUGUCGUGCACGACGUCACAGGUCUUCGGCAUGGAUUGGGGGACACAUCAGAUUGAUAUGAACCCCGAACCGCUGCCUGGGACCGUGUAUUGCAGGAUUAGGUUCUUUAGAGAGUACGUUUGUCCACCGGUUGUGGUGGUUUGGUUGAACAGGCUGGAUAUGAGCAGUAGUACGAAGUGGUGUGUGAAUGUUACGGCGUCGCACGUUUCGACUACCGGGUUCAUGCUGAAUGUUAAUACGUGGAACGAGAGCCGGGUGUAUGGUGUAGGCGUCACUUGGAUAGCGUAUUCGCCGAAGAGUGGAAGAGUGUGGAGCGGCGUUCUUGGUGGUGGGUUGAGGGGAAGUUCGACGAGGAAGAGGGGGAUGAAAGGGGUUGAGUUGUUCCCUGAGAUGAAAACGAAGGUUAAGGCAGUGCCUACAGUGUUGAUGGGAAUCAGUGGCUUUGAUGUUGAUAAUUCGGGGGACUUGAGGGUUAGGCUGGAUAGGGCGAAUGUGACGAAUUGGGGAAUGUAUUGGUCGUUUACGGGAGUGUUUCGGGAUACCCAGUUGAACAACGCGGUUGGGCAGUAUAUCGCGUUUGCUCUGCCAUAA